UCGAUCGGAGCUUGUUUCGUUCCGAACUCCCACCUUUUUACUAGCGAACUCGCCACAUUCCUUCCGUGAAACCGUAUCGUCACCAAUUUCGAAAGAGACAAAAACCAACUACACGCCUCCAAGAUGGGUUGCGGCAUGAGCACAGAGGAGAAGGAGGGGAAGCUGCGCAAUGAGCAGAUUGAGAACACUCUCAAGAAGGAUAGGAUGAUGCAGAGGAACGAGAUCAAGAUGCUUCUUCUCGGUGCUGGAGAGUCUGGAAAGUCCACCAUCCUCAAGCAGAUGAAGCUCAUCCACGAGGGCGGCUACAGCCGCGACGAGCGGGAAUCCUUCAAGGAGAUCAUCUUCUCGAACACGGUGCAGUCCAUGAGGGUCAUCCUGGAGGCCAUGGAAUCGUUGGAGCUUCCUCUCGACGACAACCGCGGCGAGUACCACGUGCAGACCAUCUUCAUGCAACCCACACAGAUCGAGGGUGACAGCCUGCCUCCGGAGGUUGGCAAUGCCAUCAGGUCGCUGUGGCAGGAUCGUGGCGUUCAGCAGUGCUUCCAACGAUCGAGGGAGUACCAGUUGAACGACUCGGCCAGAUAUUACUUCGAUUCCAUCGACCGCAUCGCGCAACCCGAUUACGUUCCCAGCGAUCAGGAUGUCUUGCGCUCCCGAGUCAAGACCACUGGUAUCACCGAGACCACGUUCAUCAUCGGGGACCUGACGUACAGGAUGUUCGAUGUCGGUGGACAGCGUUCGGAGCGGAAGAAGUGGAUCCACUGCUUCGAGAAUGUCACCACGAUUCUUUUCCUGGUUGCCAUCUCCGAGUACGAUCAGCUGCUCUUCGAGGACGAGACCGUCAACCGUAUGCAGGAGGCGUUGACCCUGUUCGACUCCAUCUGCAACUCGAGGUGGUUCAUCAAGACCAGCAUCAUUCUGUUCCUCAACAAGAUCGAUCGAUUUCGCGAGAAGCUGCCCGUCAGCCCGAUGAAGAACUACUUCUCGGAUUACGAGGGCGGUGAAGACUACACGGCGGCAUGCGAUUACAUCUUGAACCGGUUCGUGUCGUUAAACCAGUCCGAGACGAAGCAGAUCUACACGCACUUUACCUGUGCCACGGAUACCACACAGAUCAGAUUCGUUAUGGCGGCUGUUAAUGACAUCAUCAUACAAGAGAACCUGAGGCAAUGCGGCUUAAUAUAAUGACUUGCAUUGACUGGCCACGGAAACGUAUCGAUUGUCCAGCCACAAUGCGACCAAGACUCUUUCGCCGUUUUCACUUGUCCCCG